CUCACCUUGAUUCUCGUUUCUCUUUUCAAAUCGCCCCACAUCUUCUUUUUUUCUUAUCGUCACGCACUCCUGCACCUUUUAUAACCUCUGUUAAAUGCUUUCCUUAUCAGUUUGAUUACUUUUUCUUAAGUUCGAGUGCGGCACGCAAAUGACUCUCCUCCUGGUUCUUCUUCUCUGAAACUUAUUUCGAAUCCGUAUCGUGCUCUCCAUGGAACAAAACUUAUCGGAAAACUACUUGGCGCUCUUGUAAUUAAAGCAAUUGAUGGCCUACUGCAAAAGCGGAUUGUUGACUCUAAGAUAAAGAUCGUUUGAAGAACUAAAAAGGUUUGUUAAAUUGAGGCUGUACGAAAUUCCAUUUUUAAAGAUCGUUUGCGUUUGUUUUGGAACUGAAAGAAAUAGUGGAUUGUAGCAGACGACUAUAAGAAGUGCAGAAUUUCGUAACUGAAAAUAAUGCUGCCAAUUUUGGCGUGGUCUGUGCUUUGUGCUUUAUGUGACAGUGCACUAGGAGUGAUUAAUUUUGAAGGAUCUCAAAGGAAUGCUACUUCGGGAUUAAUAAUUUUAGGUGGUGCCGAAAUCGAACGCAGUGAAACAAGGAGGCAGCAAUAUCCGGGCAGUGGAAGACCACAUUCAGGAGAUCAUCAUCAUGAGGUCGGCAUGUCCGAGUGUGAUGCUCUUGUCCGUGGUCAAGAGGGAUGGAUAUUUACUCCAAAUUAUCCUUCAGAUUAUGACAAUCACAGGACGUGCGACUAUGUGGUACAGAGACUGACACCGGACACAUGUAAAGUGGAAAUGACCCUCAAUGACUUCGAUCUGGAGGAGAGUGACCACUGCCUGUCUGACUAUUUGGACCUGAGGGACGGACAGCAAGGAGUACUUUGUGGUACUCUGGCAUCCGGAACAAAAAAGCAACUUCAAUUUCGGUCAGGACAAUACACGAUGACUUUAAGGUUUAAAACAGACAAGGAAACAACUCGUAAAGGAUUCAUGAUACAGUUAAAGCAGAUUCCAAGUUCGUGCGGCGCUUCUACAAUCCCAAGAAAUCCAAAUGCUUGCAAUCAGUACAUCGACACAUUCACCAGCAGCCUCACUUCUCCGGGAUAUCCUCGAGGAUAUCCUUCCAACCUCCGAUGUGCCUUCACCAUCAGGAGAGCCGAUUCCAGAAUCUGCAAAAUACUCUUGGAAAUUCGAUUGUUAGACUUUGGUCGACACACUGGGGGACCUUGCAGAGGAGACUAUUUGGAAUUUCCUGAUUUGUCAAGGAUAUGCGUGGGAUAUCCGUCCAGGAAAAUUGUGGAUUUCCUGAGAGGGAGUGAUCUUUUGACAUUCAACUUCAUCAGUGACGGUUAUGGAUCGGGAAAAGGUUUCGACAUAGAAAUUCUACAGGUUCCAGACUCAUGUUCUUCUACUCCACCCCCUCAAAGACCUCCCGUAACAGGUCCUGGUGAGCAGUGCGACCAGGAGGUGACAUCAGUCACUGGUCACUUCACAUCCCCGAGGUUCCCGAAUUCUUACGGUUCCAGUGAGAGGUGCAGGUACACCCUUAGGAAAGUGGAUCCCUCUGUGUGCAGCGUUGAACUCGACUUCAGGAGGUUCGAACUGGAAUACAGCGGUCCUCGGUGCAGUAAAGACUACCUCACACUUCCCAGUCUGAAUCGAUUGUGUGGAAGCAUCACUGGAAAACAAUUGAUGGAAAUGCCGAAGGAUAGUGAUUACGUCAAUCUGUAUUUUGUAAGUGACAGUUACGGGCAAGGAUUGGGAUUUGACAUCCACGUGACGCAGCUAUUUAAUACAUGUGAAGGACCCGGAUUUCAAGGUCCGUGCGAUCAAGAGGUGGGGACGUACACAGGAAGAUUCACAUCCCCCGGAUAUCCUUCCCCCUAUCCAAAUAACCAGAGAUGUUCUUUCAACAUCCACAGAGCAGAUCCAACUGUUUGUUCGGUAGAGCUCACUUUCCAGACAUUCGAUGUAGAGUUCUCUAGUAAUCAGUGCUCCAAGGAUUUCCUCAUGAUGCCCGAUCGCACACGCUUAUGCGGCACAACAUCUGGGACUCGUAAGUAUUGUGGAGGAGAAAUAACGAGUUCUGCCGGACGCAUCACCAGUCCAGGAUAUCCCAGAUAUUACACUUCGGGAUUGAGAUGCCAGUACAAGAUCAGGAGGUCGGAACCGAGUACUUGCACAGUUGAACUGGAUUUCAGAGUCUUCGAUGUGGCAGUCAGUCCCGGUUGCAGUGAAGAUUAUCUGGAGAUGCCAGACAGGACAAGACUCUGUGGCAGCCAGUCAUCGCCAAAAGCUUUAGAUUAUUCGGCCAUCGGUAGUGACGUCAUGACAUUCACCUUUGUGACGGAUUCCAUUGGUGCCGGACGAGGCUUUGACAUUGUUGUGAGACAGAUUCCGAAUUCCUGUAGCAUAUUACCGCCACCACCUUCCUGCGAUGUGACCGUAACGGAAGAAAGAUCCAUUAUCCACAGUCCGGGCUAUCCAGACGAUUAUCCAGGAGACGCCUUGUGUGUCUAUACGGUCAAGAAGUUAGACAGUGGAGUGUGUCAAGCUCAAGUGGAGUUUUUGGACUUUGAUCUAGAACCAGAUUCUGACUGUUCUGCAGAUUUCAUUCAAUUGGAGAAGAACGGGAACAGGUAUUGCGGAGUGAGACCACCUCCACCUACAGUCCUGACGUUCGAAGGUGAAAUUCUAAGAAUGGUAUUCAGAUCUGAUUCUGUGAGUCAUCGAAGAGGAUUUGAAGCCAGAAUUCGCCAACUUCGAAAUUCCUGCUAUAGACCCAUAGUCUUAGUGGAUUUUCCAUUGGACAAGAACGAGCUCAUCUUAAACUUCAAAACUGACAGCUACCAACAACUUUCAGGUUUUCGAAUUGAAGCUAAGCAGUUGACGUCGGGAUGUCCUCCACCACCUCAAAACAAAAGUUGCGACGAAGUGUUUGCGACAGAGACUUUCCAAAUGAUAAGUCCGGGAUAUCAGGCUGGUUCUUAUCCCGAUAGCAGCGAUUGUCAGUACACCAUAAAGAAAUCUUCCUUCCAGGUGUGCGCACUACAGGUGAAGUUUUACACUUUCGACAUCGAGCAGACAGAUGACUGCGACAAAGACUAUUUGGAAAUAGCAGAAGAAAAACUGUGCGGCCGUGUAGAGUACGACUCAGUCAGAACUUAUGAAUUUUUGGAAGACGAAACAACAAUAAAAUUCCACAGUGAUGGCUACAAGAAUGGAGCAGGAUUUUUCUUAUUAUUUGAACAAAAAGUUUGCUAGUUGCAUCCAUCCUAAUUACCAUUCUGCACUUGUAAAUAGACAUUUCAGACCGAACAAAAGGUUGGGUUUCAAUGCUGGAAACAAAUGUUAUACCAUUUGAUUUAGGAGGAAUAAAUAUUUUAAAUUUUUUGUA